UCGUUUCUAUUCGGUAUUUGUUCAAACCGCUUAAAUUUUAUUUUAAUUAAUUUUUUAAUAUAGAUACUCUGUUUUUUAUUUUUUGUAUUAGAAUAUGGAAGAAUUACCUAAAUUAGAACAUUUGUCAUUAGUUUCAAAAAUAUGUACAGAAUUAGAAAACCAUUUGGGUCUUAAUGACAAGGAUUUAGCUGAAUUUAUAAUUGAUUUGGCUUACAAAAACGAUACAUUAGAAACAUUCAAGAAAGCUUUACUGAAUAAUGGAGCUGAAUUUUCAGAUUCAUUUAUUGCCAAUCUAUUACGUAUUAUACAGCACAUGCAACCGAAAACAUCAAAACAAUCUGGGAAAAAAUCAAAUGAAAAUUUAAACAAUACCGACACACUAGCAUGUAAAUUUCCUGGUUUAGCUAUACCAAAUGAAACUGUUGUAAAUGAUCCUAUUAGUGAAGUCAUGGCUGAAUUAGAAUCGUUUGCACCAGCUUAUAACUCAAACUCUGAAAACCUACCUCAUGAGUCAAAGCCUUCAGAUAAUAAACGUCUAUCAAGAAGUCGAUCUAAGAGUCAUGAUCGAAAACAUAAACGACGCAGUUCUAAAAAUAGAAGUAGAAGUCGAGAUAAACAUCGUAGGGAUAGAAGUCGUGAUAAACGUAGAGAUAGAAGUAGAGAUCGUCAUAGAGAUAGAAGUAGAGAAAGGUAUAAUGAUCGAAGUAACAAUCGUAAUAGAAAUCAAGAUAGAAGUAAAGAAAGGCGAAGGGAUCGAAGUAAUGAUCGUCAUAGAAAUCGAGAUAAAUAUGAUCAUCGUAAUUCUAGAAGAAGUAGAAGCAAAGAUGGAUCAAAAAAAGAAAGACAUGAAAAAGAAAUUGAAUCAAAGAGCAAAUUUCCUGAGUUGGGAAAAGUUUAUCCUGGCAAAGUUUUAAAUAUUGUUGACUUUGGAUGUUUUGUACAACUAGAUACAUUCAGGCAAUCCCAAGGUCUUGUACACAUAUCACAAUUGCGUCAAAAAGGAAGAGUAACUUCUGUGAGUGAUGUAGUUUCUAGAGGUGAUAGAGUUAUGGUUAAAGUCUUAGCUAUAAGUGGUAACCAGAAAAUAUCAUUAUCUAUGAAAGAUGUUGAUCAAGAAACUGGAGAAGACUUAAAUCCCAUGAUACAGCCAGGCGAUUUAGAUGAUGAUGAUGAUAUGGGUGGCCGUAACCCUGAUAGACCUACUUCUUUACUAGACCUUCAAACAGUCACUGAUGCUGAUGAAAUGACAAACUUAAAACGUAUGAACAAAAUAUCAUCUCCAGAGCGUUGGGAAAUAAAACAAAUGUUAUCGGCUAAUUGUAUUGACAAAAGUGAAUUGCCUGAUUUUGAUGAGGAAACCGGUAUUUUACCUAAAGAUAAUACUGAGGAAGAACAAGAUAUUGAAAUUGAAAUUGUUGAAGAUGAACCUCCAUUUUUACAUGGUCAUGGUAGAAAUCUUCAUGAUCUCAGUCCUGUCCGUAUUGUAAAAAAUCCAGAUGGCUCUCUUGCACAAGCUGCUAUGAUGCAAAGUGCAUUAUCCAAAGAACGACGAGAACAUAAAAUGCUACAGCGUGAACAAGAAAUGGACUCUGUUCCUAAAAAUGUCACUAAGAACUGGAUAGACCCUCUACCAGAUAAUGAAAGUCGACAAUUAGCUUCAAAUAUGCGUGGAAUCGGUCUGACUGCCCAAGAUGUACCUGAAUGGAAAAAACAUGUUAUUGGAGGUAAAAAAAGUUCAUUUGGAAUGAAGACUAACUUGACCCUUUUGGAACAAAGACAAAGUUUGCCGAUAUACAAACUCAAAGAUGAACUCAUUAAAGCUGUAACUGAUAACCAAAUUCUUAUUGUCAUCGGAGAAACCGGUUCAGGAAAAACUACUCAAAUUACUCAAUAUUUAGCUGAAGCUGGGUUUACUUCAAGAGGUAAGAUUGGGUGUACUCAACCUAGGAGAGUGGCAGCUAUGUCAGUGGCUAAGAGGGUAGCUGAAGAAUUUGGGUGCAGAUUAGGCCAAGAAGUUGGUUACACUAUUCGUUUUGAAGAUUGUACAAGUCCAGAAACCGCAAUCAAAUACAUGACAGACGGUAUGUUGUUGCGUGAAUGUCUAGUUGAUUUUGAUCUUAAAAACUAUUCAGUUAUCAUGUUGGAUGAAGCUCACGAAAGGACAAUAAAUACUGAUGUUCUAUUUGGAUUAUUAAAACAAGCAGUUACUAAAAGGAAAGAAUUAAAACUCAUUGUAACAUCUGCCACUUUGGAUGCUGUGAAAUUUUCUCAAUACUUUUUUGAAGCACCCAUAUUCACUAUUCCUGGACGUACAUUCCCUGUAGAAGUAUUAUACACUAAAGAACCUGAGACGGACUAUCUUGAUGCAUCACUUAUCACAAUUAUGCAAAUACAUUUAAGAGAACCCCCGGGUGAUGUAUUGCUUUUCUUGACCGGUCAAGAAGAAAUUGAUACAGCUUGUGAAAUUUUGUAUGAGAGAAUGAAAUCAUUAGGUCCAGAUAUACCAGAGUUGAUUAUUUUACCUGUAUAUUCAGCUUUACCCAGUGAAAUGCAAACAAGAAUUUUUGAAGCUGCCCCUCCUGGAUCAAGAAAAGUUGUAAUUGCUACGAAUAUUGCUGAGACUUCUUUGACCAUUGAUGGCAUUUAUUAUGUUGUAGACCCUGGAUUUGUAAAACAAAAAGUUUAUAACUCGAAAACUGGGAUGGACUCGUUAGUCGUCACACCAAUUUCCCAAGCUCAAGCCAAACAAAGAGCUGGACGUGCUGGUCGUACUGGACCUGGUAAAUGUUAUAGACUUUACACUGAGAGAGCAUAUCGAGAUGAAAUGUUACCCACACCUGUGCCCGAAAUACAACGUACAAACUUAGCAACAACAGUACUUCAAUUGAAAACUAUGGGCAUAAAUGAUUUACUUCAUUUUGAUUUUAUGGAUGCCCCACCUGUUGAAAGUUUAAUUAUGGCCUUAGAAUCAUUGCAUUCUUUGAGUGCUUUAGAUGAUGAAGGUUUACUUACUAGAUUGGGAAGACGAAUGGCAGAAUUUCCAUUGGAACCUAACCUUUCAAAAAUGUUGAUAAUGUCUGUUCAUCUUCAAUGUUCAGAAGAAAUAUUAACUAUUGUGUCCAUGCUUUCUGUUCAAAAUGUCUUCUACAGACCUAAGGACAAACAAGCUUUGGCUGAUCAGAAAAAAGCCAAAUUUAAUCAAGUUGAAGGUGAUCAUUUAACACUUCUAGCAGUGUAUAACUCGUGGAAAAACAAUAAAUUCAGCAAUGCUUGGUGUUAUGAAAACUUUGUUCAAAUACGUACACUAAAACGUGCCCAAGAUGUCCGUAAACAAUUACUUGGCAUUAUGGACAGACAUAAGCUAGAUGUUGUAUCUGCAGGUAAAAACACGGCUCGUAUUCAAAAAGCCAUUUGCUCAGGAUUUUUCCGAAACGCAUCUAAAAAAGAUCCUCAAGAAGGUUACCGUACUCUUGUUGACGGUCAGGCUGUAUACAUACAUCCUAGCAGUGCAUUGUUUAACAGGCAACCUGAAUGGGUAAUGUACCAUGAACUGGUUCAAACAACAAAGGAAUACAUGCGUGAAGUUACAACAAUUGAUCCUAGGUGGCUGGUCGAAUUUGCACCUGCAUUUUUCAAGUUCUCCGAUCCAACAAAAUUGAGCAAAUUCAAAAAGAACCAACGUUUGGAACCACUUUAUAACAAAUACGAAGAACCAAAUUCUUGGAGAAUUUCUAGAGUUCGAAGAAGAAGAAACUAAAAAUGUUUUAUUUACUCUUCUUUAUUUGACUAAAUUAUUUGUAAUGUACAAAUAUUUCAUACAUAAA